GGAGAUCCACCCACCUUUUCUGACCCAGAUACCUUAAAAAGAGCUUUCAAAGUAUGGCCAGCAAGUCACUCAGUGAAGUUAAAGUGUAAGGCAAUGGGAGCAGCACCUCUUAAAUAUACGUGGCUUAAAGACGGGAAGAUUUUAAGAGAGAGAAGAUGGGACCCAUACCUCAACACUUCAAUUUGGUACUUGAAACUAAAAGACCUAAGACCUGGAGACGCUGGGGAAUACACUUGUAUAGUGUCGAAUCCAUAUGGCAGUAUAAAUCAUACAUACUUGGUCAGGGUUCUGGGUGAGUACAUGAGACUGUGAUGAGAGGAUGGUCUAAUCUUUAUCUAGUUUUCUUAUUUUUCUUGGAAUCGUUUCAUGUAGGCCGCACAGGGCUAACUCUCGUCAUCUUUCUAAUAGUUAAACCACGAACGAGACCCAUUUUGCAAAAAGAUCUUCCAAAGAACAAAAGUGUACAGGUUGGAGAAAGUGUAACAAUGAAAUGCCUUGUGCUUGUAAGUGGGACACUUCCGGAUUUUAGAUGGCUGAAAUGGGACAAGUCUAUCACAUUUGUGUCAAACAUAAGGGACAACUUGAGAGAUGGAGCAUUUCAGUUGAUAGAUCCACAGUAUUACAGCGGUAUCCAACGAGGUGAAAGUUAUGAAUCCGAGUUGAAAAUUAGUAAUGUGACAGAAGAAGAUUUUGGACUUUACACCUGUUACGCGAGCAAUCAUAUCGGAGCAGAAUACAACAGCGCAUUCCUUAACAGAUAUGUGAGACCCACAAAAGCGUUGCCAGGUGACAGAGGUAAGGCCAUUAAAGCGGCUAUGCCAGACUAUUUGCUAUCUUUUUUAGAAGCAAAUCUUUCUCGCAUCAAUUGAAUUUCAGAAAAAAUGGUCCAGUUUUGUUAUUUACGACCAUAUUUUGCCAUUGAAACUGUUUCCUGUCGUCUGUUGCAACGGAUGGAAAGGAUGGACAUGGAUUAAUACUUUAAAAAUUUGGGCCAAUCUCUUCAAGUUUUGAUGCAAUGCCUGUAAAAAAUCACCAAAACAAUUAUGGUGUUUAGUGCUUCUUUAUGAAAAUUGUUCGAUAACUUGUUUACAAUUGUACGGAUCGUUUGUUUAUGGUUAUCUCUUUUGUGACUGCCAAAGAGUAGGCUCUUACUCGCGAAUUUGUACUGUACGCAAUCUUGUUUCCUCUCAUGAAACUUUGUUUUCCAAACGUGUGAUUAUCCGACCGCAUAGCUGUUAGACCUGGGUUGGGGUAUUCCAGCAAAAAGUAGCACAUUCUCAACAAAGAUCUUAUUCAAUUCAUGCAGGGUCUUUCUCGCAUACGCCAAAAUUGAGAAAGUAAAAGACAGGCUCUCUUGCAGGGUAUCUUACAAGUUGAACAUCCUUGAUUCUGCGAUCCGAUCCUUUUUGUUUUCAUUGGUAUGGAGUUCCUUUUAAUAACUUGUGAUGAUCAUAACAAGUUGAACAAACUCCAGAAGAAAAAAGAGUCGAUCGUUUUGUGCUGCUGAAAAGCAAAGGAGGCCAGUUGCUAAAUACAACCCAACCCGAUAUAAUAAUGACCGCAGCAGGAUUAGCUCAGUCGGUAGAGCGGUUGACAGCUACCAGAGCGGGAGGUUGCAUGUUCAAUUCCCGAGGCCGGACCAAUACUCAGAAUCUCAAAAUAACUGAAGGUACCGGCUUCCCUUGCCCCAUAAGACCUUUCGCGCGGCUCGGAUGAGCAACGUGAAAUGGCGGUCCCGUCUUCAGUUGCUUUCAGUAUGAGACGUAACAACAGUGUCCACAAUUAAUACUUUAGUACUAGAUAUGUUGAUACUCAAAUAGAGUGCAUUUUUUGCAAUUGAUAAGUUAGAUUAGAUACUCUGAUUUACUGACCUUUCAAGUAACUAUAAAAAUUCCUUCCCGGAUAGGAGAUCCACCCACCUUUUCUGACCCAGAUACCUUAAAAAGAGCUUUCAAAGUAUGGCCAGCAAGUCACUCAGUGAAGUUAAAGUGUAAGGCAAUGGGAGCAGCACCUCUUAAAUACUCCUGGCUUAAAGACGGGAAGAUUUUAAGAGGGAGAAAAUUGGACCCAUACCUGAACACUUCAAUUUGGUACUUGAAACUAAAAGACCUAAGACCUGGAGACGCUGGGGAAUACACUUGUAUAGUGUCGAAUCCAUAUGGCAGUAUAAAUCAUACAUACUCGGUCAGGGUUCAGGGUGAGUACAUGAGACUGUGA